CAAAACCUCUCUCUCUCUCUGUGUGUGUGUAUGUGUGUUUGAGUUCAGGAAAAUGGCCGAGGCCAGUAUUUUGGUAGAUCAGGACCAGUUCAGCUGUCCAGUCUGUCUGGAUGUCCUGAAGGAUCCGGUGACGGUCCACUGUGGUCACAGUUUCUGUAAGGUGUGUAUUAAUGGCUGCUGGGAUCAGGAGGAUCGGAAGGGCAUUUACAGCUGUCCUCAGUGCAGAGACACUUUCACUCCAAGGCCUGUUCUACACAGAAACAACAUGCUGGCUGAAGUGGUGGAGAAAGUGAAGAAGAAGACUGAACUCCAAGCUGCUUCUCCUGCUCAGUGUUAUGCUGGACCUGGAGAUGUGGAGUGUGAUUUCUGCACCGGGAGAAAACUCAAAGCCGUCAAGUCCUGUCUGAUGUGUCUGGCUUCUUACUGUGAAAUUCAUCUUAACCCACAUCUAGAACGUCCUGCUUUGAAAAAACAUACAUUAAUUGAAGCUUCAGCAAAACUACAAGAGAAGAUCUGCUCUCAACAUAACAAGCUGAUUGAGAUCUACUGUCGUACUGAUCAAACCUGCAUCUGUUAUUUGUGUACGAUGGAUAAUCACAAAGGUCACGACACCGUCACAGCCACAGCAGAAAGAGCUGAGAAACAGAGUGAGUUAAAGGAGGAGCAGAUAAAAUCCCAGCAGAAAAUCCAGGAGAAGCAGAAGAAGGUGCAGGAUCUGAAACAGGCUGUGAACACUAUAAAGCUCAGUGCACAGACAGCAGUGGAGGACAGUGAGAGGAUCUUUACUGAGCUGAUCAGCUCCAUGGAGAAAAAGCGCUCGGAGGUGAUGGAGCUGAUCAGAGCUCAGGAGAAGGCUGAACUGAGUCGAGCUGAACGACUCCUGGAGCAACUGGAGCAGGAGAUUGCUGAUCUUCAGAGGAGAGUCACUGAGCUGGAGCAGCUUUCACACACACACGAUCACAUCCAUUUCCUCCAGGCUUUAGCUUCUGGACGUCAGUCUCCCCAACUACACAGACCAGAUUUUCACACAUCCAGCAUCACUGUCCAUCAACAUCUCUCAUUUGAUGGAGUGAGGAAUUCCCUCUCAGAUUUGAAGAAGAGACUCGAGGAAUUCUGUGAGGAGGAAUUCAACAAAAUCCCUCCACAUGAUUUCUGUUAUCUGACUCUGGAUCCCAACACGGCACAUCGUAACCUCAUUCUGUCUGAGAAGAACAGAGCGGUGAGAUACAGUAAGAGCGAGCAGCAGUACUCUGAUCAUCCAGAGAGAUUUGAUUACUGGCCUCAGGUGUUGUGUAAGGAGAGUGUGUGUGGACGCUGUUACUGGGAGGUGGAGUGGAGCAGUGAUGAUGUGUUCAUAUCAGUCUCAUAUAAAGAUAUCAGCAGGAAAGGACGGGGUAAUGAGUGUGUGUUUGGAUACAACAAUCAGUCCUGGAGUCUGUGGUGUUCUUCUUCUUCUUCUCUCUGUUUCUAUCACAACAACAUUAAGACUGAUCUCAGAGUUCCAUCAUCCUCCAGAAUAGGAGUGUAUGUGGAUCACAGUGCAGGAACUCUGUCCUUCUACAGCGUCUCUGACACGAUGAAGCUCCUCCACAGCAUCCACACCACAUUCACUCAGCCUCUAUACGCUGGGUUCAGGAUCUAUUUGUUAGAUGAAGAUCUAACUGUGAGAUUGUGUGAUCCAAAAUAAAGUGUGUAGUGUUUUAUGUAAAAUUCCUGCACACUGCCACAUUGCUGCUCAGUCAUCUGUCUCACUAGCAGACAAUCCAUCUGCACAAAAACACACUCAUUUAAAUGUAUUCAUUAAAACAGAUUAGUCAUUUUACAAUAAUUAAAAAGGAAAUGUUAAAGAUGAACUGUCAGACAAGAAACUAGUAAAAUUUCAGAAGAAAAGGAUGGAGGAGUGAGAAGUGCAGCGCGCGAGCUGUGUGAGUUGUGCUGAAAUCGGUGACGCAGAGAAAUCUGUGACUAGAGGUCACUGUUCAGUAAAUGUUCAAGAUUGCAGCUUCUGUCUUUUCUGUUUGUGUUUUAUGAUUGUGAUUGUUAAUUAAACAAUGUGUACUCCA